AUCCCCCUUUUCAGGAUUAGCGGUGCUCGGGUCCAGGAGCAACAUGGCGGCGUCCGUGAGGACCUAGGCUUGGGAAGAGCUAGUGUUUGGUGUGGUGCUACUGUCUUGCGGGAUAUUGACAGGCUGGAGCUUUCCGCGACUUGCCAGUUUAAGGAAGCGUGUACCGAUAGGUGGGCAGCUCUAGUUACCGGCGGUUUGCUCUCAUCCCCAUUUAGGAGCGGAGUUCUGAGCACUGACCGGAAUGAGCAACAUUUAUAUCCAGGAGCCUCCCACGAAUGGGAAGGUUUUAUUGAAAACUACAGCUGGAGAUAUUGAUAUAGAGUUGUGGUCAAAAGAAGCUCCUAAAGCAUGCAGAAAUUUCAUCCAGCUUUGUUUGGAAGCAUAUUAUGACAACACCAUAUUUCAUAGAGUUGUGCCUGGCUUUAUAGUCCAAGGGGGAGAUCCUACUGGCACAGGGACUGGUGGAGAAUCUAUCUAUGGAGUCCCAUUCAAGGAUGAAUUCCAUUCACGGUUGCGUUUUAAUCGUAGAGGACUGGUCGCCAUGGCAAAUGCUGGCCCUCAUGAUAAUGGCAGCCAGUUUUUCUUUACCCUGGGUCGAGCUGAUGAACUUAACAAUAAGCACACCAUCUUUGGAAAGGUUACAGGGGAUACAGUAUAUAACAUGCUACGCCUGACAGAAGUAGACAUUGAUGAUGAAGAAAGACCAAGAAAUCCACAUAAAAUAAGAAGUUGUGAGGUUUUAUUUAAUCCUUUUGAUGACAUCAUUCCAAGAGAAAUAAAAAAGCCGAAAAAAGAGAAACCAGAGGAGGAAGUAAAGAAAUUGAAACCCAAAGGCACAAAAAAUUUUAGUUUACUUUCAUUUGGAGAGGAAGCUGAGGAAGAAGAGGAGGAAGUGAAUCGAGUUAGUCAGAGCAUGAAGGGGAAAAGCAAAAGUAGUCAUGACUUGCUUAAGGAUGAUCCCCAUCUCAGCUCUGUUCCAGCUGUUGAAAGUGAGAAAGGGGAUGCAGCAGAAGAUUCAGAUGAUGAUGGAGAAUAUGAAGAUGCAGAGCAUGAUGAAUAUGUUGAUGGUGAUGAGAAGAACCAGAUGAGAGAAAGAAUUGCAAAAAAGUUAAAAAAGGACACAAGUGAGAAUGUUAAGAGAGCUGGAGAGGGUGAAGUGGAGAAGAAGUCAAUUAGCCGCAGUGAAGAGCUCAGAAAAGAAGCAAGACAAUUAAAGCGGGAACUCUUAGCAGCAAAACAGAAGAAAGCAGAAAAUUCCGCAAAACAAGCAGAAAAAAGAAGUGAAGAGGAAGAAGCUGCUCCGGAUGGCGCUGUUGCAGAAUACAGGCGAGAAAAGCAAAAGUAUGAAGCUUUGAGGAAGCAGCAGGCCAAGACGGGAACUUCCCGGGAAGACCAGACUCUUGCGCUGCUGAACCAGUUUAAAUCUAAACUCACUCAAGCAAUUGCUGAAACUCCUGAAAAUGAAAUUUCUGAAACAGAAGUAGAAGAUGAUGAAGGAUGGAUGUCGCAUGUACUUCAGUUUGAGGAUAAAAGCAGAAAAGUGAAAGACGCAAGCAUGCAAGACUCAGACACAUUUGAAAUCUAUGAUCCUCGGAAUCCAGUGAAUAAAAGGAGGAGGGAAGAAAGCAAAAAGCUGAUGAGAGAGAAAAAAGAAAGAAGAUAAAAUGAGAGUAAUGAUAACCAGAACUCGUUGGAAAUGUGCCCACAAUAAAUGGCCUUAUAACAGCCAUUGUUCCGGAACAACAGCAUCACUUAAGGGUGUGAAAAGAAGUAUUUUUGAACCUGUUGUCUGGUUUUGAAAAGCAAUUAUCUUAUGUAAAUUGUGGAAUGAUGUAAGCAAAUGCUUUUGGUUACUGGUAUAUGUUUUUUUUCUUUUUUCUAAUUGACCUUUUGUAUUGCUAAAUCUGAAAUAAAAUCACUUUCCUUCCAGUUGACAUAUUAACCAUUCGCAGACUGCA